UCCUUCAGUAACCAUUUUUUUAUGUUGUUAGAUAUUUCAUCUUGAAGCUAAAAAAAACAAAAAAAAAAACAAACGAUGUUGGCUAUAUUUCACAAGGCAUUUGCUCAUCCUCCUGAAGAAUUAAAUAGUCCUGCAUCAAAAAAAUGUUUACUUCCACAACAAACGCUACAAAAAUUCGUAUCGACUCGUCCAUUUGACACCUCUUAUGUUACUUUUGGAGAUGUUGCUGCUCUUGCUUUUGUUCGUCCUAAUUGCACCUCCUUGCUCAAUCACAAACAAAGGUAUUUUUGUGGUUAUGAUGAUAUUUACUGUUUGUUCAUGGGGAGUUUGAACAAUUUGUGUGCACAAAUCAAACAAUAUGGGCUAUCACCAAAAGGUACAAAUGAAGCCAUGCUAGUCAUUGAAGCCUACAGGACACUUAGAGACAGGGGACCUUAUCCAGCUGAUCAAGUUAUUAAGGAUUUUGAAGGAAGUUUUGCUUUUGUUAUCUAUGAUAGUAAAACUGGAACUGUAUUUGUUGCUUUGGGUUCAGAUGGUGGGGUGAAGUUAUUUUGGGGUAUUGCUGCUGAUGGAUCUGUGGUGAUUUCUGAUGAUGUAGAGGUUAUUAAAGCUGGAUGUGCUAAGUCAUUUGCACCCUUUCCCACAGGUUGUAUGUUCCAUAGUGAGAAAGGACUAAUGAAUUUCGAGCACCCGAUGAACAAGAUGAGGGCUAUGCCAAGAGUAGAUAGUGAAGGGGUAAUGUGUGGAGCCAACUUCAAAGUGGAUAUGUAUUCAAGAGUUAAUAGCAUCCCUAGAGUUGGCAGUGAAGCUAACUGGUCUGACUGGAACACUUCUUACUAAGUCGAUUCUCUGCAAUUUUCAAACUUCCUUUAGUGUUUGUUCUGUUUUGGUUAGAUUUUCGAGUUUGUUUUAGGUUUGGUUUCUUUCCUGUACGUGCUUUGCACCUGUGUAUAACGCUUGAAAAAUAAAUGAAACAUUAGAAAUGAUUCAGCUUAUUCGAUGACA